AUGGAUCCUAACAACCGUCGUCACGCAGGGAGCAAAAACGAGGCUCUACAUGUGGAUGCAAACACGAGAGGUGAACUAAUCAUAGAGGUCUCGAUGUCCGCCAAUCGCAGUCAUUCGAACGACAACGAAUAUUUUGCACCGAGCCCGGGAUCGUCUGUCGGAGCUAGUGUCUCGCUUUUCUCAUCGCGGAACUCGGAAAUCGACAUGCAUGAUCAUGAAGAAGGUAUUAUCACUCCAAUGGAAAGUUCUCGCAUUGUCAUGCUGCAUCAGUGCGUUGAAGAGAUGAUUCGCGACAAUGACAUCCGUACACGCUAUCCGCAAUUCUAUAAAUUUCUUCAGGAGGAAGAGCCGAGUUGGUUCGAGCCAUCACCACACAAGGGUACCAUCUUUCGCGUCUCGAGAAAGACAGCUGAGCCACCAGAGGGUCCGUACUUGAAAAAGGAGCUUCGUUAUGAAAUGCUUGAUCUCAUGUACCGCUUUCUUCGGCAAAAACAGAUUAACGGAGCACAAAAGCGCGAAAUGGACGAGUUGAAGGAGGCAAAUCGUCAAUUGCGCAUCACGUCGGUUCAGAUAUACGCCAAAGCGGAACAAGAGGAAGAAUUCAUAUCAAACUCACUUUUGAAGAAAAUACAAAAGCUCAAGGAGGACAAAGAGUUCUUGAUGAAAAAAUACCAGAAGGACGAAGAGUCGCUUACUAGUGAUCUUAUUACCAAUGUCACCAAAAUUGCCGAAUGUCAUCGAAAUGACGAAAAUGUUAAGGAAGUGAAAGAUCCUAAGGACAUUGUCGCAGAAAAGGAGGCCGAAAUUGAGCGUCUACAGGCUCAAUGCCGUCGUGCUGAAAAGGACUAUCAAGCUGAGCUUCUUCGCUUACGUGCCGAAAAAGUUGAUCAUGAGGCCGCUUUGGAGCAAGAACAAGAGAACCUCAUCAACAAGCUCGGAAAACGCAUGGCGAUCUCCAAUGAUGAAAAACGCAAGAUGCAAGCCGCAUUGGAGGCGGCCUACAUGAACGGCUUCAUUGACUUCAACGAAGGCGUUGAGUGCGCAUUCCGCGCUACUGCUGCCGAAAGAUAUGGAACUCUUCCAUCGCCGUCGCCAACUCUUCGCAAUGGAGCGCCAUCUCCAUCUCUCAAUCCACAAUCUUUCGUUCCGCAACUGAACGAUGCAGGAGUUUUGUAUGUUGACAAUCAGCGACUUCAAGGAAUUGUUCGCCAGCUAACUGCCAAAAACGAAGAUCUUGAGAAGCAUCAAAGCGAGUUGACCAACAAAGUAGCCCGUCUCACUAUGACCAUUGAUUUGUUGAAGCGUGAAGCUCGCUACAUGGAAGCCAACGUCAACAAGCGCAUGAAUGCAUUCCUAUCAAAGAUCGUCAACGCUGCCGACGAGGCCGUCACCCAGGUGUCCUCGUCGACUUCUCCAUCGUCGAGCACCACUGUUCAGCAAGCCACUUCAACUACAUCAUCAGCAAUUGUGCACCCCAUGCCUGCCCCACAACCGCCAACUGCACUCGCUACUGUCUACCCAAUUCAGCGCUCAACAGGAUCUCGCAACGAUUCCAACAACACAAUGUAA